AUUUCGCGGCAUGCUUUGAUAGAAACGAAGAAAAAUACGGAAGCAAAGCCAAUCCUCUCUCUCUCUCUCUCUCUCUGCCAAAGCAAAGCUAAUGCUUUCUCCUCCGUCUCUCGAAAAAGUCUUUGACAUUGAUUCUGAUACCAUUUCAUUCUUUCUUUUCGUGUGUUGAGCUCAGAUAUGCUUAGAAGUUAGAACUGUUAACAUUACCAAACUGAUUCGUUUAAGAAGCUGGUUGAGUUUAGUUUUUUAUUAAAUUCUGAAGACUUCGAUGGGGACUGUAUUGAGCCUAAACAACUCUUGGGGAGAGCCAUGUGAGGUUUCACAAAGUGAAAUUUGCAAGCGGCAAAGGUUGUCGUCAAGCUUUUGUGAGAAUUCCAGACUGAUUUCCAGUCUCCCUGAUGAGAUAUCUAUUCAGAUUCUUGCUAGAAUUCCUAGGAUGAACUAUUUGCAUCUCAAGUUGGUGUCUCGGUCCUGGAAGGCUGCCAUUCUGAGUGCUGAACUUUUCAAUUUGAGAAAAGAACUUGGAAUAACAGAGGAAUGGCUGUAUGUAUUAACUAAAAUUGAAAAUGAUAAGCUUCUAUGGUAUGCUUUGGACCCUCUGUCCAGAAGAUGGCAGAGGCUGCCACCAAUGCCAAGUUGUGCUUUUGAAGAUGAAUCUAGAAAGGGUUUGACUGCCCUUCGCAUGUGGAAUAUGGUGGGCUCAAGUAUCAAAAUUGCCGAUGUCAUAAGAGGUUGGCUUGGAAAGAAGGAUACAUUAGAUAGAAUGCGUCUUUGCGGUUGUGCCAUUGGGGCUGUUGAUGGCUGCCUCUAUGUUCUAGGGGGAUUCUCUAGAGCUUCGGCCAUGAAAUGCGUCUGGCGGUAUGAUCCAGUUUUAAAUGCUUGGAAUGAAGCAACUGAUAUGUCAAUUGGUAGAGCUUAUUGUAAGACGGGCGUUUUAAACAACAAGCUUUAUGUCGUUGGAGGGGUUACUAGGGGUCCUGGUGGAUUGACCCCACUUCAGUCUGCUGAAGUUUUUGAUCCACAUACAGGUAUAUGGUCUCCAAUACCAAGCAUGCCUUUUACAAAAGCUCAGGUGCUACCAACUGCCUUUCUGGCCGAUCUGCUCAAGCCUAUUGCCACUGGUAUGACUUCAUACAGGGGAAGGCUAUUUGUACCUCAGAGUUUAUAUUGCUGGCCAUUUUUUGUAGAUGUUGGAGGAGAAGUUUAUGAUCCAGAGGUGAAUUCGUGGGUUGAAAUGCCAAUGGGAAUGGGUGAGGGAUGGCCUGCAAGGCAAGCAGGAACAAAAUUGUCUGUCACUGUUGAUGGUGAGCUGUAUGCUCUGGAUCCGUCUAGUUCCCUUGAUAGUGCCAAGAUCAAGGUAUAUGAUUACCAAGAUGAUGCUUGGAAAGUUGUUGCUGGAGAUGUUCCUAUUCGUGACUUCACUGCUUCAGAGGCUCCUUAUUUACUUGCCAGUUUUCUCGGGAAGCUUCACGUGAUCACCAAAGAUGCCAGCCAUAAUAUUGCAGUCUUGCAAGCUGAUCUGCAGAAUAAUUUAGCUCCCUUCCCAUCGGCUUCAUCAUCAAUGGACAAUACUUUGCAUGAACAUGCUGAACCAAGAGCAGAAUCGGAAAGAGAUCUUUGGAAGGUAAUUGCCACAUGCAGUGUUGGUUCAGCUGAACUAGUGAGCUGUCAAACCCUUAACAUUUAGUGAUUUAGGCAGACAAGUUACUUUUGAAUUGUUGGUUGAUAUACUUAUAAAAAAGUGCUAGUUCAUAUGAUCAUUUUUAA